GUGAAACCAGCAACAACAUCACACGAAAAUUUAUUAGCAAAGACGAAAUUUAUUACAAAAACGAAUAUAAUAUCGGAAAAUUUUGCUAAUUUUGAUGAUUAUGUUUCUCUUACGUGCGCUUCUUAAUAUGUUCACCACCGAGUAGGUCGAACAAUCGCUUUGAUCGGGUUCAGCACGAAUUAAUCCAAUGAGAACUGGAAUCGAUAUUUCGUAAAUAGUGUUGAAACUUGCAAAAGAUAAAUAAUCGGAUUACGUUACAAUCCGAUUGCGUUAUGCAGUCGGGCGGACUAUAUUGCCGGUAUAUCUACUGAACGGGCGGAUUCUAUUGGUUGCUUCUACUGAAAGACCGUCUGACUACGACAGGAUCUUCCACUUAUCAUCUUCGACGAAUUCGCUCAUGAAUUACUUCUUGCUACUGGCUUUCACAUUCGCACAAAAGUCAGGUAACGAGUACUGAAGACUGAGAAUACGAAACGUCAAAGAAAUAAUGGUUUCGUCCGCGAUAUUCGGAGCAGCCGCCGGUACAGGCUUAGCCCUAGUGGUGGCGAUGACGAUCGUAAUUUAUCGUUAUUACGCCAUGAAGCGAAGAGGAAAAUGGAAUUGGAGCAAUCUGGAUCGCUGGCCGGACCCACCAUCAGACAACAGAAACAGUAACGACGAGUACCAGCCUCAUCAUUAUCACCACUGUCACACAGCAACGACAUCGCACGUGCUCGACUGCUGGCGGAAGCCGCAAAAGAGUUACUACGCUGUGCAGACUGUGGAAUUUAACAUUGCAAAGGAACAACAUGCGGUACAACCAUCGACAACUGAAUCGGGCUUACCUCACCAAAGUCGCAGCUAUCCAGGCGGUGGUGGUCGUACGUUGGCGAGGAACUCGUCCGUCAGCUCCCAGAGCUCGGUCGAGGGUGCGCCCUGUCCUUCGAGUCAUCGCGGGUCGUCGCCUCAGAUCAGAGCUUUCGGUCCUGAUGGACGGCAUCAUGCUCGACACGAUCCCCUGCACGCCGCCUCCUCGUAUCCACCUAGCAGAAACUCGAGGUCCCCAUCGCCAGCCCGGGGGUCGUCCUUGGAUGCACGUUGUGCGAGUCCCGCUAGUAACUCGGGCAGUCUACAUAGCGGAAAUGCGUCGCCUUCGCAGACCUCUUUAUCAUCCGUAGCAACAGGCGUAAGUUCUACUUGUGGGUGUCCGCCGAUGAAUGCCAUUCAAAGUACUUCCAGACAGACCAGUCGUUGCUUAUCACCUCUUCUCAUCCCACCGCCACGUGCUUCCAUAAGUAGCGACAGUGGCCCCAUUCCGCCUGCUUCUCCGCUCGGUUCUUUACAGCCGGAUCUCUAUCAAAGACGAGACGGUCCUGUCUUUCUCAGCGCUCGCAGGACGGGGAAGCAAUUGGGCAGACUUCAUUUGCGCUUGAGAUACGACUUUGAUAAAUCGGACUUGGACGUGCAUUUGAUCGAGGCGCAUGAUCUCGCCGGUAGUGAUCAGGGUGGCUUCAACGAUCCCUAUGUGAAAUUGAGCCUCAGCCCGGAAGUGGACAGUAGGAAAAGGCAGACGCAGAUCCACCGAAAUGAUCCGAAUCCGUUUUUCGAUCAGCACUUCAAGUUUCCUGUUAGCUACGAGGAACUGCAGGAGAAGACUCUAGUUUUGCAGGUAUUCGAUUACGAUCGCUUCUCGAGAAACGACGUGGUGGGUUCGCUGAGAGUGGCGAUGGACAGCCUCGAACUCGUUUCCUCUACUUCUUCGGUGGAAGUUUUUGGUGAAAUAGCGAGAGAACGCAAACCGCCGGAAGAGAUUCAAGAGGUCUUGGUUUCAUUGUCUUACUUACCGAGCGCUGAGAGGCUCACAGUGCUCAUGAUGAAAGCGAGAAAUCUAUUUCCCCAGCAGGAUAAAGAGACGUUGGAUCCGUUCGCAAAGGUCAGCCUGCUUUGCGGCGAAAGGCGAGUGAGAAAGAAGAAGAAAACAGCUGUUAGGAGAGCAACGAUGAAUCCCGUUUGGAACGAAGCGAUGUCAUUUAACAUAUCCGCUUCGUCACUAGCAUCGUCAGCCAUAGAGAUAUGCGUGCUGGAUUCGAGCAGCGAGUUGAUGAGCGGAAACGCCAUCGUCGGAUCCUGCAUCAUCGGUCCGGCUACAGGUACGGACAGCGGUAAUAGCCAGGGACGAGAGCACUGGCUUCAGAUGACGCAGUCUCCGAGGAAGCAGAUCGCCGAGUGGCACACGUUACAUUAAUCGAGAGCCAUUUAAUCGCCCUCAACAUAAUUCGCGCGUCCUCGCUUUCUCGAGGUAAAUACAAUCUAUUGUCUAACGACGGAUAAUCGAAUAAUAGUACACCACGAAUAAUACACCUACCACGAAAUACGUAGCGAUAUUGCAUGUGAAAUGGCAAGAAACACCGUGUAUUUCCUAUUCCUUUCGAAAAAAAAAAGAAAGAAAAAAGACAAUGAUCUCUAUAUCAAGAAACCGUAUUCUUCUGCACUUUUAUAAGUAUAUUAGUGGCCGUUAAAGAUUUGCGAUAUAUUCGUCUAGAAUGUCGAUGCGCAAAAAAAAAGAAGGAAAAAAAAUAAAAAAGAAAAAUAAUCAUAAAUAUUAUCUUCGUAUAUUCGUGCACAAACUGAUCCAGGCACAUGCACAUUUCCGUUCGUUGCACGAUAUUUGACGCUACAUGAGCGAGAUCCUACUGUAUAUUUCUUAAUUUUUUGGAGAUGCCUCAACGAGAUUUAGACAUGUACUUUUAAAAUAAUAUCGCGCUGAGAUAUCUACGCGGACUCCUCUCUGAAGCGAAGCUAUAACGAAGAGAAACGUGAUCCAAGCUGUGAAGCAAAAGCGGAGACCGAUCUCGCGCGUUUCGCUUAACAGAUCAAUAAUUAAACGUACAAACUAAUAUUUUAAGAUUAAAAGAUUGUCUCGAAGAGACAAUUCUUCUCAAUUUCUCCGAGUACGCUAAUCGAAAAUCCGUUCCACCCUCGGUGAAAGAGCUAUUUUCUCUCAGGUUUCCGUACAUAUACAUAUAUUUCUCUCAUAUAAUUAUGCUUCUUUGCGAGAAAGAGAAAGAGAGAGAGAGAGAGAGAAGGAUCACGAAAUAUACACAAAUAUCGAAAUGAGCCUAAGUCUGUCAUUAUCGGUGACAAAUGUGGCCUGGAAGAGCAUUCAAAGUGCGCCAUGCCUAUAUAGCUUGCAGGCUAAUUGAAAAGACCUAAUAAUAUCUUCGUGAACGAACAUGCUAAUCGCGAAAAUUGAUUGUCGUCGUCGCUGUGUAUUGUCGAAUGUGUAUAAUUCAUGUGCUAAAUAAAACGGAACAUGAUACAUGUAAAGAGAAAUCGAGCGCGAUAUGUCUCUCGCUCGUUUUAACGUCGAGCACGAUUAAGAUAAUUGGCAAUGAAAUUUAUUUAUUACACUUUCAACUAUCCUCCGAUAAAAAAAAAUU